AUGUACGAGACUAUCUUUGCUCUCAUCAUCAUCAACAAGGCUGGUGGUUUAGUCUACAACAAAAACUUCCACGAAGGCCUCCAACAAAUCAGCACAAAUGACUAUCUAGUCCUUGCUGGAACCUUUCACGGUGUUCAUGCAAUCACCUCACGUCUCAAUCCAGUAAAGAACUUACCGGGCGCAACACUACCGGGCAACAGACCAGAGCCAUCAUCAGGCCUAGAGGUUCUCGAGACAGAAAACUUCCGCAUGCAGUGCUUCAACACCUUGACAGGCGUUAAGUUCCUCCUCUUCACCGACACAACACAAGCAAACGUGGAUGUCACCAUCCGCAAGAUCUACGAUCUCUACUCAGACUAUGUCAUGAAGAACCCUUUCUAUUCACUUGAGAUGCCUGUUCGCUGCGACAUCUUUGACAGGAAACUACUAUCAUACAUUAGGGAGAUAAAUAAUCGAUAG